UGGCUCGUGGGCAGCUCUUCAGCAAUCCCAACUGGACCCUCACACCAAAAGGCACCAUGAUAGUGAUGGCUCACGUCACUGCAGUCCCCGGAUUGGGGUCAACUGCCACCAGUCCAGCUGUGGCUCCCAACUUCUCCUGGAUGCCGGAGGAUGGUAGCCCCACGGCUGGGGAGCAGCCAAUAUUCCUCAUGACCACCGCUGCUCAGGCCAUCUCAGGUUUCUUUGUAUGGACAGCUUUGCUCAUCACCUGCCAUCAGAUCUACAUGCAUCUUCGCUGCUAUAGCUGCCCAAAUGAACAGCGCUACAUUGUUCGGAUCCUCUUCAUUGUGCCCAUUUACGCCUUUGACUCGUGGCUCAGUCUCCUGUUCUUCACCAAUGACCAGUACUAUGUUUACUUUGGCACAGUGCGGGACUGCUAUGAAGCCUUUGUAAUAUACAACUUUCUCAGCCUGUGCUAUGAGUACUUGGGAGGGGAGAGCUCCAUCAUGUCUGAGAUCAGAGGGAAACCAAUUGAGUCCAGCUGUGUAUACGGGACUUGCUGCCUGUGGGGAAAGACUUAUUCGAUUGGAUUCCUGAGGUUCUGCAAACAGGCUACCCUGCAGUUCUGUGUGGUGAAGCCCCUCAUGGCGAUCAGCACAGUCAUCCUUCAGGCCUUCGGCAAGUACCAGGAUGGUGACUUUGAUGUAACCAGUGGCUACCUCUACGUGACGAUCAUCUACAACAUCUCUGUCAGCCUGGCACUGUAUGCCCUCUUCCUUUUCUACUUCGCCACACGCGAGCUGCUCAGUCCUUACAGCCCAGUACUCAAGUUCUUCAUGGUGAAGUCUGUCAUCUUCCUGUCCUUCUGGCAAGGGAUGCUGUUGGCCAUCUUGGAAAAGUGUGGUGCCAUCCCCAAAAUCCACUCUGCCAAUGUGUCUGUGGGUGAAGGCACAGUAGCUGCUGGGUAUCAGGACUUCAUCAUUUGCGUGGAGAUGUUCUUUGCAGCCAUCGCCCUGCGCCAUGCCUUCACAUACAAGGUGUAUGUGGACAAGAGACUUGAUGCCCAAGGUCGCUGUGCUCCCAUGAAGAGCAUCUCCAGCAGCCUCAAGGAGACCAUGAACCCCCAUGACAUUGUCCAAGAUGCAAUUCACAACUUCUCCCCAGCCUACCAGCAGUACACCCAGCAGUCAACGCUGGAGCAUGGUCCACCCUGGCGCAACGGCAGUCACGUUAUCUCACGCUCCCACAGCUGCUCGGGUGCCCGUGACAACGAGAAGACCCUCUUGCUGAGUUCUGACGAUGAAUUCUAGGAGGGGAAGCUGCCAGCACAGGCUGUCAUUUUCCUUCUUUUGUUGUUUUUAUUUUUUUUUUAAUUUAUUGAAGCAGAAACAUGCAAGUCAUAUCACUUCCUAGAGAGCGCAGAUUGCAGAAGUGGGCACUUCCCAUUAGCUUUUGUGGGUACGGACAUGAUGAGCAGUACAGAGGUAGGGGAAUGGCCAGGACU